CAUGUUUCCGUUUCUGGUUGAGCCACUAACCCAAACAUGCCGCCAUAGGCUCAUUCGAUGAGUUUGGGUGGUUCGGGUGCUAUGGCCUAUGGGUGUUCACCAGUCACCCCAUACAAAUAGUCAACUCUCCAAUCCAUACCUCCAUAUCUUCGGGAACAAAGUCUUCACCCUCCAGAACCUUCCUGAGUCAACUCAGAUCUUGAAUUCCAUUGAUUUCCCUUCAUCCAAUCUGGUUUGAUCUUCCAAUUUUCCCCUUCUUAUUCAACAAUUAGGGUUCAUAGGGGUUCCAGUUGAAUUGGGUAUAAUUUGAAGAUGGAGGGAGGUGGUGUGGUGUCAACAGAGAAACAGAAUACAGACUCCACUACGACGUCGUCUUACACGUACUGGGUCAGAGAAGUCAAACAAGAUGCUGCACCACUCCCUGUUCCUAGGAAACUCACUGCAGAGGAUGUUUCAGCUGGGUCUGGUUCAUGUACUCAUCUGGGUUCUGCUUGGAAUAAGGCUGGAACAUGGGAGGAGAAGAACUUAAACAAAUGGGCAACUGAAAGAAUCAAGGAGUUACUUCUAUCAGUGGGUUCCUUGGAGUUCUCUUCUGGGAAUGCAAAAAUUGCAGAAGUAUCGAGAUGCACAGGAGACGCAUUUUUAGUGACGGUUAGGAACAAGAAGCGUGUUGGGUAUACAUAUGAAAUCACAUUGAAAGUCAAAGGGGAAUGGCUUAUUGGAGAAGAGAAGAAAACGUUCAAAGGCAAUUUGGAUUUCGCCGAGUUCUCGUACGGUGAACUAGACGAUUUGCAGGUUGAAGUGAGGCUAAAUGAGGACAAGGAUCUUCUUCUUCAAGAUAAACAAAGAAUUCUCCAAGAUAUGAAGACGUUUCUGAAGCCUAUCCGUGAGAAACUACUCGAGUUUGAAACAGAACUUAAACAAAGGUAGAAACGGCGUUGUUUUUAGCGUUUUCUGUUUCAUUCGAAAGAAUUGGUGUCAAAUGGACCAUACUUUCUUCAAACAUGUAAUUCUACUGUCUGCCUAAAGAACUUCAUUUGGUAGGCUGUUGUGAUGUUUGUUUCUUUCGCUUUGAUUCACAAGACAUUUGAAUAUUACGCGUCUUGAACUGUUGUCAUUUCGUUUAGAAAUUACGAAUUUGGUCACACAUGAUAGAUAAUUUUAAAGAGUAAUUUGUUAUGGUA